GUGCGUAAAUUACGUCAAAUCCGGAAGAAGCAAACGCUGCACUGGUUUGGCAGCGUCGUCUUCACCCUUUGUUGACGAUGGAGGCUCACUAAUAAAUACUACGGAUUUCGCUUGCUGAGCUAUUUUCACAUUUUUCUUCUCGCAGUCACUAAUUUUAUGAAAGAGUUGGACUGACUGUUUACCUCGUAUUCUUCCUCCGCUGGGUAAGGUGCAACAUCUUUUACGUAAUCUUGCACAAUAGCUACUCUAGCUUGCAGCACACGCACUAAAGCACCGUCCAGCUGUUUACUUGGACCAUAUUUUGCGUAACAAGAUGUUGUUAUUCUAUCUCCGUUCUGCAGAUCGUGUUUCAGUGGAUUGGCUGAGACUAAUGCCAUUCAAUACAGCGGCUGGUGGUAUAAACAGCAUGGCCAUCGCGCAUUCCAGUGGGUCUAAAUAUAUCUAUUAAGGCCAGAGUAGGGGGAGGACUACAGUUAGGAGGGGGUUGUAUCCCGGGAUAUUUCAGUGCCGUGGUGAUCCAGCACCACUUGAACCAUCUGCUGGAGAGCCAUAGAGGACAAAUUGGCCAUAUUCAAAGAUGCCCUCUAGUUAUAAUGUGAGGUCCAGGGCUCGGGAGAGGAACAGCGUCCUGGGCAGACCUGAGUUCAUGUCCCUGAACCAUCAGCCCCCCCGCGCAGGCGCCGGCGGCAGCACCAGCAGCAGCAGUGGCGGCCCCAGCCCCUCUGAGAGUCGGGGAAGCGGCAGGAGACCGGGUCAAAUGAAGCACCAGACGAGCCAAUCAAAUGAAGAACCCACCGACAGCGGCAGCAAGGACCGGAGAGAGUCCAGCAAAAUGCCCGAAGAGGACUGCAUGCAGCUGAACCCUUCAUUCAAGGGGAUAGCCAUGAACUCCCUCCUCGCUAUUGACAUCUGCCUGUCCAAGCGCAUGGGAGUGUGCGCCUACACGUCGUCCUCGUGGGGAGGCUGCCGAUCCAUGGUGGCCCUGCUGGCGCUGACAGGCCACGGCAUCACGUGGAUCAUUGGCACCAUUGUGUGUCUCACGAGGAGUAACACCCUGGCUGGGCAAGAGGUCCUGGUCAACCUGCUACUUGGUAAAUGUCACACCACACUCUGCAGUCACUCAAAACACCUCAGCAGAGUACCCACAAUGCACCACAUCUCAUCAAACUCAUGUCUUUGCAGAACUUUCUAUUGGUUUGUUUUGGUUUUUCAAUGUUUGAGCCACACAGAUACAGGAAUUUCUGACAGGGCACAUUUUAUUUAGGGUUUAUACUGUCAUAUUUGAAUGACUAAUAGGUCUUGUGAUCAAUCAUGGGAUGGGAUGAGGAUGCAACCUUGUAUGAGGACUCUAAACUACAGUGUUGUUUUUGUUGAUGCCCCUUUUUUUCCACGACAAAGACGUGACACUGACGAGCUAAACAUAAGUCUGAGAUGACUAAAAUGUGACGAGACGAAUUUGUGUUUAUGUUGACGAAACUAGACGAAAACGCUAGUGGUGGAUGACGAACAGAGUUGCAAAAUUCAUGAGCAUUUCAUCAGUCAAUAACUAAACAUAUAUUCUGCUUGUUGUUUUCGUUGACGAUGACAUUGAUGAAAAUAUUUCGUCAAUGUCAACAAAAACAACACUGCUAAACUAGCCUGGUCCCUCAUCUGUAAAUUGCUGGUAAAUAAUAUGUUUACUCUAAAAAAAAAAAGUCCUAAACAUAAAAAAAUCUUCUUGAGGUAUGAGUUAGUAGGUAGGUCCCAAAAUGAUGUCCUUGUUGGCUAUUGUUUUGACCAACAAUUCUGCACAGAUCUAAAAACAUUUUAUCUCUAUGAAUCUAAAUGUUUAUCUCAUGUUUGGCUCUUACUCUCCACCUCCCUCUCAACAUGCUGUGAGAUGUAUCACAGAGCCCAUUAUAGGCUUAUACUUCGGGGGAUUUGAGAGUAAAACCCCCAAGCGUUUAUAUUCUGACGUCAACUAAAGCUUCUGUGAGAAACGUUCAGUUUGUGUCAAUUUUGGCUUCUCCUGUGCAGUUUUCUCGUACUUGUCCCCUUCAUGCUUAAGUUGUAUCUUUGACAAAAAGCCUCAUCCUGCUGACUUCUGACAAUUAGAUGAAUCAGUUAUUAUGAAUAUUUUAAGUAGAGAUCGUAAAAAUUGGACUGUUUCUGCAUGUGCUUGGCUGACACCUACCCUACCCCCUCACAAUAGUUUCAAGCUUUAGAAUGACGAUAUAUAAGCUGUCAGUCUUGUUGCUGAAGUAGAAAAUCUAGAAUAAAAGUUGUAUAUCUUUUAACGUCUUUAUAUGUCAUAGCUGAAUAUUUUGCACCAAAUUUGUAGAGUAGGACUGAUGCUGCGUUCGAGUUACCUUGGAAGUCAGAUGUCGGAGCUGAAAAUGACAUCACAUCCGAGUUACCAGCAUUUCAGUUACCAAGUCGGAGUUGCACCCGAGUUCCAUGUAUGAAAGUUAUUUUGGCGCUUGCCUUGUCCUUGUUAUAUUCGGAAAAGGCAUAUAUGUUUUUUUUUUAAAAUAUAACAAGGACAAGGCAAGCACUAAAAUAACUUUCGCACAUGUAGCCAUCUUGUUUCCGCCUCCGAUUUUGCUUUUUUCCGACUUGGAAACUAAGGCUGCGUUCGAGUUAACUUGGAAGUCAGAAGUCAGAGCUGAAAAUGACGUCACACCUGAGUUACCAGCGUUUCAGUUACCAAGUUGGAAAAAAGAAAAAUCGGAGGCGGACUCAAGAUGGCUACAUCUACGAAAGUUAUUUUAACGCUUGUCUUGUCCGAAUAUAAGGUAAGCGCUAAAAUAACUUUCGUACAUGUAACUCAGGUGUGACGUCAUUUUCAGCUCCGACAUCUGACUUCCGAGGUAACUCGAACGCAGCAUGAGUUGACAAGUAGUGGUAUUUAUAAUCAUGGGUUGUGUCUAUUUCCUUCACAAAAAUGCAGUUCAGCAUUUUUAGGACUCAGUGCCCAGAGCCAAAGAACACCCUUGGUAUCAGCUGCACUACCAUGCCUCUUAAUAUCACAUCUCAAUUACUACUUUUGAUAUCAACUGAAUCAACAGCAGUUGAACUUUGUAUAAGGCAGGUUCAUAUGAGGCGCUUGUUCUUGAGGGUAGCAUAAUUAGGUCUACAAUAUGAUCUCUGUUAAUUUUUUAUGUUUUCAUGCUGACUGUUUCUUCAAAUUUCUUCAAAUAUAAGCAAACACAAACGAUAAAGAGCAUUUUAAAAGAGAUGUAACAUUCACUGCCAAGGGAAUCAGAAGUGCCGUGGGACAGCUUUGCAGAAGUACUGCGCUAUAAUCAGGGAAUUUAAAUUUAAUACUGACUGAAGUUCUGAUUUGUUUUCACCUAACAGGAAAGUAAUCAGACCAGAGUGGCCUGUCAGAGCUGGUUUCAUUCAGUCUAAGCUUAUUAACAUAUGAGCCAGGCAGUGGAGCAAUAUUUCCCAUACAGCGCGUUGAAGAUACACUUCAGUCCUAUUAAGACUUUUACUGUCAAAACAACCACAGAGCAUGUCAGACACCUUGACUGUGCAGGGGACAUUCCCGUCCUUAUCAUGUGUAUUACUCGGUCUGGUUUCCUUUUCUCUGAAUCUUUGUCACCACAUUUCUCAAAGAAUUUAUGCGGCCCCUCGAAAUUAUGCACAAUUCAUUCAUUUAGAAAUGAAAAUCAUGGAGCGCUAGUGCUGGAUGCUACAGGCAUGAAAUUGUGCUAAAAAAAUAUGUUUUGUCUGCAUUUUAAUCCACCUUUGCAUGAUUGAGGUUAUUUCAGAGCAGUCUAUCAAACAAUGAAUAUAUCCUCUGUUUCAAUGCUUUUAAGUUUGAAGCUGAAGUUGAACUAUUAAAGCGUUAAAAUGUAGUAAAACUAACAUCUUUAAAUACUUGAAAGGUCUCACUUUACUCUAUAUGCUCAAUACAUUGUAUAGUAAGCCCCUGUGUGGAGUUUUAACUGGUCAUGAAACAGAUGAAGUGAACAGUGAUGCCUUUUUAUGAGCAAGCAAGACCAUAAGUAGCUAGAUUGAUUAUUUCUGUAUUGUAAAACUUGAAUGCUGCCACAGAGGAGAUGUUGUACAAGAUGAUUUACAGCAAGCUUGAGGAGUCGCCUUUCCCAUUUUACCCUGCAAAUAUUCAUCAUGACUGACAACUAUGAGAAAAACUUCUUUGAAAACACUAGUUGGACGUGUUCAGGACAAGAGAUAAGACAAAUAACUUUGUCCACAAGGCAACCAGAAUCAGCACAAAUCAAUACAUAUGGAUCUGUGUCUUUAAAAAAAAAAUGUUUCUCAUAUAAAAAGUGUACUGCAGCUGCAUCAUGAGGAGAAAUGAGGAGGAGUGUGAAAUGUCUAACUCCCUGGCCUUCAGAUGAGACUUCAGGGAUGUAGACAACAACAAACAUACCUGUUUGAGGCCGUGCUCACGCAGCUGUUGUCUGUGAUUAAUUUUUCAUUGUGCUUGGUGAAGCAUACAGAUAAGUAUUAACCUAUAGAAUACAUUUCAAAUAGUUUACCUGUCUGUUUCUCUUAUCUUUCUAACCUAUGAUCAAUAGAUUUGAUCAACAAUGUCCCACUUUUUGUUUUUCACAUUUUCAAACUUUGUUGUUUCAUCUUACUACACAUAUUAACAUCCCCCAUUGUGAAAAAACGAGGCACAAAUACUGCAGUUUCUAAAGUGUCCACUUAAGGCUGGCUCCAAAAGCCAAGAAACUUCCAUCAGGUCCAGGUUAAAUUUGACUUUUUUAGAGCAUAAUUUUACAUUUCCUGCUUGGUAUAAAAACAGCUUUGUUGUGAAUAGCUCAUUCCUUUACUUACACACGAUGUAAGAGGGGUGAGCAUUUUUACAACUCACCUUUUAUUGAAGCAGUUAAAGCGAAGUGGUUUACAUUGAUUUGUUUUCUUAGGGAUUUGGUUGAAUUGAAUGACAGCAGUGUGAUGCAGCUGGAAACAAAUAGACCACCUCUUUGUAUGUGUCCAGGUUGACUGAAAAUUAGAUAGAGACACCAUUUACGAUAUGGCGACUACAAUUGUUUGGCUUAGCAACACCUUUGAAAAACCAGUAAGUGAUAUCUCUAAGACUUUGUCCAUUCUUGGUAAGCACCAAACUGCAAAAAAAAAAAUUGAAUUAUAUGAAGUCAAUGUGUACAAGACGGUUAAUUAGAUCAGAUUUAAAGGGAUAUUCCAGCGUAAAAUUAAUUUUGGGUCAAACACACCGUAACACCGAGUUAGACACCACCUGGAGAGAUGACUGUUGCCGACCGCUUGCUUCUUUAGUUAUACCAACCUUAGUAACGACCGCACAAUAGCAAUACACAGUGGUCCAAUGAGCCAUAAACAAACCUCAACCAAAACGCCACUCUAUAGCUUAACUUCAUCAACAGUACAUAUAGGGUCCCAGCCAAAGCACUAGCCACCAAACAUGUUAACUUUGCCUAAUUUCUUUAGCAAAGAGACUAAACAAAACUCACCUACUCUCUUCCAGCAGCUGCUUGUUUGUAGCGAGACCUCAACCAGUCCAUUACGGACUGCUGCGGUGUGACGCAGCUCAAGGAAGAACAUUUAUAAUCAUUACUUUAUCAUUUCCUUAAAGUAAUAAUCACCAUAUUAGUUCUUCUGCCUUAGCGUCUCAGUCUGAUUGCAUUACCAUGAAGAAAUCGGUGUUACGGUGUGUCUGACCCUAAAUUAAUUUUACGCUGGAAUAUCCCUUUACAUAACAACUGGUGGGUGUUGAAGGUCUGUAGUAUCUUAUCGGUGCCAUAUCAGGGAGAGGGAUACUGCUUUGUUAUUAGCUUGGGGAUUUUAAAUGCUUUUUUUUUUUUAAUCUAGAGCUCAACUCUUUUUUUAGUAAAUAAGAAGUCCAGCAGUAUCAGCCUCUAUAAAAGAUCCCAUAUGAUAAAGCCAGUAAUUUGCUAGAUUUAAUUAUGUUAUAAAUCAGUGACUCACUCUGGAAUUGAAAGGAAGCUCAGGAGUGGAGGUAUUAAGGUCUCAUCUUGGUGGUAUCAGAAAAACGGGGCGUUUCAGAUUUCCUCACAAUGCAAGUUCAUCUGUGGCAAUCAACUGCACCUCUUAUCUGCCCACACCUGUUGCUCAUCUUAGCGAUGGACUUUCCAUUCCCAAUAUAGCAGUUCCCCUCUUGAACAGUAGCUCUGUACUCAGGAUGUGACUCUCCAGUGAAGUGUUCAGUUGCUCUGAACAGUUUUUGUAGGAUCGAUAACUGUGUGCUGACUCACAGGGGCCUCACUUUAAGCAUGGCACUGCAGUGUGCUGACUGUCCUAUAUUUCACGGCCAAGAAUACUGAGAAGUGUUAUUUUUUUAAGAGCACAUCCAGGGGCAAAAUCCAAGAUUAGAAUUUUGUUUUAUUGGAAGAAAACCACACACAGGCUCCUUUCUAACACUGGUAAUCUGAUGUGUCAUUGCCUGGCUCACCUUCCGCUCCCCCUCAGUAUUUUUAACACUACCAGAGGUCAGCGUAGAGUCCUGGAGUCUGCACAGUCUUCACAAAAAUCUCACUGCCUCUCCUUUAUUCAUUCAUUUUCUUCCUGAAACGUUUCGAUUUUUUGCUCCAUUUUAAAACUCAAACGUCACUAUUUAACCAGUCUGCCUGUCAGACGCUGGGAAUCAGCUUAAAACGGUCCUUUAAGGACAGCUAGUGGGUGACUGGAAUGAGAAAUAGGGCUAGAUGACCAGUGUGUAAGAAAACUGGUUGUAAUUGUGCACAGAGCUCAAUGAAUGAGCAUAUGCAGCAGACUAUUAAUGAAGUUAAAGACGGCAAUGUCAGGAUAUUUUGGGGGGAAGCUGUGGAGCUAUUAAAGGCAUCUGUAAAUGUCUGGUAUGUGGACUCAAAGCUACCAAUAUGCCGUACAGGUUAUUCUUGGUCAUUGGGGUGUCUGUUUACAUGUGAACAACUGUUGUUUUCUCCGUUAAACUAAAUAUAACUAGAAAAAUUGCAUUUCCUUGCAGAAAAUGCGUGGAAAUGCUGAGAGCUGAGUGCUGAAAAAGCAAUGCAAAACUGCUAAAAAAAUGGAGGAAGGUUUAAAUGUAAAAUUUGUUUAAGGGCUGGAGAAAGAAAAGUAGAAGUUGGAUGAAAGUGAAAAUUGUACAAAUAGUAUGAAUGUGCUUCAUAAAUUAAAAUUGCAUUCAUGCUGAAUAAGGCUAGAAAAACUGUCUGAAAUUGCAAAAAAAAUUGGAUAAAGAAGAAAAUUACCUUUAAACACAGAAAAGUGAGAAGUGGUAUAAGUUUAAGUUGUAGUACUAGAAGUAGUAUGAUAAUAGGUAGUUGUAGUAGUGAUAUUAGUAGCCAUGUAAGCAGUAGAAGUAGUUUUAGAAUAUAAUAAGUAGAAGUCAAAGCAGUAGAGCUCGUGGUAGAAGUAAGAGUAGAAGUAAAAAAAAAUAUUAUGAGAAGCAAGAGCAGUGGAGGUAGAAGUGAAGAUACAAGUUGGAGUGAUGUAUUUCCAUGUAGUUAUUAGGAAAAUACUUGGCAAUUACUAAGUAAUUGGUUAUUUCUCAGGUUAUUACCAGGUUAUUACCAGGUAAUGUCUCAGGUUAUAACCAUGUUAUAACCAGGUAAUGUCUCAGUUUAUAACCAGGUUAUAACCAGGUUAUAACCAGGUAAUGUCUCAGUUUAUAACCAGGUUAUAACCAGGUAAUGUCUCAGGUUAUAACCAGGUUAUAACCAGGUUAUAACCAGGUAAUGUCUCAGGUUAUAACCAGGUUAUAACCAGGUAAUGUCUCAGGUUAUAACCAGGUUAUAACCAGGUAAUGUCUCAGGUUAUAACCAGGUUAUAACCAGGUAAUGUCUCAGGUUAUAACCAGGUAAUGUCUCAGGUUAUAACCAGGUUAUAACCAGGUAAUGUCUCAGGUUAUAACCACGUUAUAACCAGGUAAUGUCUCAGGUUAUAACCAGGUUAUAACCAGGUAAUGUCUCAGGUUAUAACCAGGUAAUGCCUCAGGUUAUAACCAGGUUAUAACCAGGUAAUGUCUCAGGUUAUAACCAGGUAAUGUCUCAGGUUAUAACCAGGUUAUAACCAGGUUAUAACCAGGUAUUGUCUCAGGUUAUAACCAGGUUAUAACCAGGUAAUCUCUCAGGUUAUAAGCAGGUUAUAACCAGGUUAUAACCAGGUUAUGUCUCAGGUUAUAACCAGGUUAUAACCAGGUAAUGUCUCAGUGUAUAACCAGGUUAUAACCAGGUAAUGUCUCAGGUUAUAACCAGGUUAUAACCAGGUAAUAUCUCAGGUUAUAACCAGGUUAUAACCAGGUAAUGCCUCAGGUUAUAACCAGGUUAUAACCAGGGACAUAAAAUGCCCCUGAAUACAUUUUAGAAUUCAUGCACAUCUACUCCGCAAAUGCAAGUGAAAUGGUUGCACUGUCGAGCCCUGUAUCGCAGAUUAGACGAAAUAAUGAGUUAUGCUAGCAGCUGCACCUGCCUCAUGAUAACAUGCCCAUGUUUUAGCAGUUUGAUAUCAACCUCCUUCAUAUUAAUUUACCUUGUUAACAUGCAAGUAAUCGGCCAAUUGGCACUUAACACAAAGAGUAGGCUACACAUCAAAUAAUUGCACUUUGUUGAAAGUCAACCUGAUAAUGAGAAUCACAAAGAAUAUAAAUUUGGCUCUGUGAGGCUAAAAUGCGGGUACAAGUGAUUGGAGCUAAACGCUAAUAUCAACAUGCCCCAAAUAACACUGUUAAUGUCAGCAGGAUUAUCAUUCUAGUAUGUUAGUAUCAUUAUCUGCUUUAUUGUGUGGAGGAGCAGAAAGCCAUGAUUGCUUUGUCCAAAAGGGGUGCCAACAUUUUUACUGCCUGAAAGUUACUUACAGGAGCUUUAAAUUAAAUUUGAUAGUGCUCACUAAAUGACGGUUUUUAAGUGAUGUGAAAGUAUGGACAACUUUGAAGUUAGAUGUGACAAUAUAUGACUCUCACUGGCCAUUCACAAAAUGUUCAGCACCUUCAUUUUAAUACUUUUUGAGGUAUUUUUUUGAAGACAGGACUUUUUCUGUGUUGUGACGUUCAUAAGGUCUACUUUUAAAGUAAAUCAAUUAAUUUAAGUCCUUUUUUUUUCUCCUGACAGCCCUCGUUCUUGAUGUCAUGACAGUAGCUGGCGUCCAAAGACUGGUUAAGCGCAGAGGUCCUUGGGAGAUGACACCAGGUUUCUUGGACUGCGUCGCCAUGGACACCUACUCCUUCCCUGCUGCUCAUGCCAGCCGUGCCGCUAUGGUGUCCAAGUUCCUGCUGUCCCACCUGGUCUUAGCUGUGCCGCUCCGCAUCCUCCUGGUGUUGUGGGCCUUCCUGGUGGGCGUGUCCCGGGUGCUGCUGGGAAAACACCACCUAACUGACAUGGUGUGUGGCUUCGCACUGGGCAUGUUCCACUUCAGCUUGAUGGAGACGGUGUGGCUCUCGUCGAGCACAUGUCAGACUCUUAUUUCAAUUAGCACGCUUAGCUGGAGUCCCUUUUACUGAGCUUCUCCCGCUAUUAUGCUGGCAAACGGGGCUAAUUUGAGACAUUUAUGUUGCUUUAUAAGGGUCCUGUGAAGUUUUCCUACAGGAGUGGAAAGCCGGGAUUGCAGAGUUCGAAUGGAGAAGCUGUGAUUGCUGGCUUGCAUGUUACGCCUAGGCUGAAAGUUUGGUCUCAUGACCUGACAAGACCUCAGUAAUGCUUCAUAUAACCUACUUUCUUCAGUCAGAUCUACUAACAUACACCUGUGCUCCUCCUUAAUUUUGAACAGAUACUGACAAUAAGGAAGAAAACUAACUGCAAACUGACAAUAAUAUGGUGAAAUGUAAAUUUGGAUAUUUUUAACGUUUUUUUUUUCCAAUAUAUUUAUUUUACUUUCAGCUGAAUCUCUUUCUAUGCACCGAAUCCUCUCUUGAGUGUGUUUGCCUCUUCCUCUUGACCAUCCCACUUCCUCCUCUGUUAUCUCUUCCUCUUUUCAUAUUAUUAUGAAAUAUUGUGCUUUUUUUAUUCUAAGCUGCAGAAACCACAUUGAACACUGAGUGGAGUUUGGUGCCUAAAACUGUAAUAAUGGAUAUGACACUAAAGUAUUUAAGUGAUAACAGUUUGGAUAGUUUACAUCGUUUCUAUUUGGCAUGAUUUGUAUGUUUGUCUUUUUACAAUUUGUUGAUGAAAUAUGGAUUUAUUUUUGAUGCUGCUGAACUGUUGGCUGCUUGUAUAAAACAAAUUGCACAGAAUUUGGAAUUUUCUUAUGGGGUUCUGGUGUAAUUUUAUUUAAAGUGCCAUUUGUGAAUCAAUUGUUUUUUUCUUUUAAUUUUCAUUGUGAAGAGUUUAAAAGGUAUUUCCUUUCUUUUUUGGGACCCCUUUAGAUUGUGCAGUAGCUGUAUAGAUACAUCUACUUUUAACUCCAUACAUUAUCCAACAACUGAAGCAUUUGUGAGUGUGUGGCAUACAAAGUGAAAAAUUUGUAUGUAAUACCUGAACAAAAACAGUCCAUAUUUGUAAAUACAGUUUGUGUACAUUAAUUUACUGUAUUAUUUAUACAAAUUCUCAUGUUUUUACUUCUUUUUUUUAUCUCAUUAAUAAAGUUGAAUGAUGUGUUGCUGUGA